CUUCAUCACACAUUUACUUUUUUCAUAUCCUUAAAAUGGUUUUAUCGCAAAUAAAGUCUGUAUCCUUGCCUGGACCCAUCAAUAUUGACUGUCGCUUUGUUUGCGGUAUAUGUUGUUCAUUUCGCGAUGGGUAUAUAAGAUGUUUUUCUGGUCGUCAUCAUUUGCGUCACCUAACGUCUACCAGUGGUCAGAAUGGCCACAUUGGUGGUAUUCGUAUGCAGGAUUAUUUGAAGGAAAAGGAGUUAACAUCUUUUGUUACAAAAGAUCCUUUUCCUGGUGGCGAGGAGUGUCACAAUCGUCUUCUUCAUAAAUUGGCUACAUAUUCCAAGAAGUCACGCUUAGAAUGGGAUAUACUUGAGCGUCGUUUCGGUCGUCAGUUUGCUUCGAAGCAAUAUUCCAUCCAUUACAUUUCCAAGUAUCCCAAAGGGUCAUUUUUCCCUGAUGGUCAUAUAAACGUGGCUUUGGCUCGUUUUAGUAUAUACAAUGAUUUUAUUCGUGAUGCUCGUGAUUUUCGUUCUGAGGAGAUAAGUUACACUCGUCGUUUAUAUCCGCUUCGUGCCAUCCCUAUGAGCUUGAAGAACAAUAUAGAUUUCCUUCAAUUUCAGCGUGAUUUAGAGUCUAAUCUUAUGGGUAUCGUGAAUGUAUGCAACACAUUUGAUUUGACUGGUAUAUUACGUCAGAUGUAUCUUUUGGGGUUACCCAUUCGCGCUAAUGUUUUUGGUGAGAUAUCUAAGAAGUUAUUACGGGGCAUGUCGUCAUUGAACACUGACGUGAUGAUUGAGACCAUUGUUUUCAUGAUGUCUUAUAUGGAUGAAGACAUUGAAUCUGUUAACAUAUUGGUCAAUGCUGUUGGCUCCGAGUUGAGGAAGCGUGUUUUGUCUAUUACAUCUUUACCUGUUCCAUCCAUUUUGAGGUUAUUGCACCCAAUUGUCUUGGUACAGGCAGUAUCUCCAUCUGAUAGUUGGUUAUUCAUGACUGACGAGCGUCUUCUAAAUCGGAUGAUAUCAGAGUACUCUUCAUUGGACAUUAACAACUCCGGGGAACUAUUUACAUUCCUCACUGUUUCUAACAGUAUUAAACCAUUACCCGAAUCAAUCCGUGUUGUGAUGGGUAUCAUUGGCAAUAACUUGCUUAAUGGCGUGGACAGUCUCCACAGUCGCACUAUGCAGCGUCUUUUGAUGGUCAGCAAGAGUUUUGAGUCACAGUUUCUUGAGCUUGCCAGGUCACUGUACAGAACUGGUCUAGGUCGCUCCAGCAGCAUCCGUCCAACAGUUUUGGCUACUACCUUUUUGCGUUUGCGCAAUGAGGAGGACCAUGCAUCCAACUUCUUCCGUAAGGUUGGUCGUCGUUACGGUGAGAUAACUCCAAAAGUGCUUGUUGACCUUUACUGUCAAUUUUUAGAGGAAGGUCCUCGUAACUUUUACCAGUUACGUUGUUUUGAGAUGGCUUUAUCUAAGAAUGCGAGGUCGUUAUCAAUGCAGGAUUUAUCUAACAUUUUGAUUUACCACAGUAGCCACGGUCGUUACAUUUCACAACUGAAUGACAUGAUAAAAUCUCGUUUUGUUGAAUUGAAAUCUAGGGGUCUGGCAAAGAAUGAGGAGAUUUUGGACAUUGCCUUAUCAAUGUCACUGGUUGGUCUCCAUACACAGUUAGACGUUUGGGAUGGUGUUGACCUACCUCAUUUGGUGUAUUCCACUCCCACCAAUAUAUUGGUAUAUCUUGCAUAUGCCUUGUUGAUAACUGGUGAAUACAACAUUGGCGUUUGGUCCAUAUUGCUUGAGAGGAUGAUAUAUGAACCCAAGACCUAUUCUCACGAGUUGUAUGAAGUAUUAAUGGUUGCUAAUGUCUAUGGUCUUUUACCAGAUCGCAUGAGGCCGCAUUUGCACAAUCGCAUAACAUGGAUUCUCCAGCACACGAAAUCUCAGCAUUAUGCUAAGAUGGUUAGGCAGCGUUACGAGACACCUGCACCGAUAGGCGAGGCUUUGGACAAGCUGGGUCUGAAGUAUGAACGAAACAUUGUGAUUAACGAGCUUUACGAGGCACCGUUCUAUAUUGAAUCCCACAAGCUUAUUCUAGAUCCCUUGCGCGAUUCAUUUUUACAUGCGACUACUAAUUUGGACGUUGGUGAGGUCAGGUUACGUCAUAACGUCUGGUCCAAGCAGGGAUAUCGUUCAACUCCGUUAAACCGCCACACUUUAGCCAAGUGCUAUGAUGACGACACUGGUGUUUGGAAUAUUUCGGAAUUGGUCGAGGUAUUAUCUAAGCAUAUGAAGUUUCCCAAGCCCGUGUUAUCUGUUGGCGCUGAGUCAAAUGACCGUGAUAAAGGUCGUUCACCUUUGGUUCACACUGGUCGUCGUCGUUACCUUGAGACCAAGACCACUCAUGACCGCAGCGUUUCUCAGAACGUGCGAAAGCUACAGCAAUUGUUAUUAGAAAAGAGUAGCUCUUGAAGCUACACACUGG